GCACCGGCAGUGUCGACUCGCAGACAUCGAAUGCACCAAUGACAAUCUUAGAGAUGAAGACAACAUGAGUGAAUCCUUCCUCCGAGUCUGGUACCCUGGUCAUGGCCCCGACUCGCUUUCCACGAUUCCAGAAACCUCACGGGAGAGCCUUCCGUCACCUAUCGUGGCGAAAGAAGGGUCGCCAGUGCCACCAACUGCUGCUCCGCAAGUUUCAGACCAACAUGAGACUGAGCGACAGACGUGUCCAUCCAAGGACGUGCUUCGAACUCCGACAAAAGGAACGGGAAGGAGCAGUCGGUCCUCGUUCCAACUCGACACCACGCCUGGUCAUCGUCGCCGACGCCUUGAUCGUGGUGUCUCACCCUCGUCGCUCUUCUCGCAUCCAAGCGCAUUUGGACGAAGCCACCGCGGUGCUGGACUUGAUCCAGCGCGAAAAACUGCACAUGUCCAACGUUGAGCUUCUCGCUCAAUCAUUCCGGGGCCAGAUGCUGCAAGUGAUGUCGAAGCAACGUUUGGAACUGAAGCAGCAGACGGAACUCCUUGACGCUGCGACCACUGCCGAAGCCAAGUACCACGAGUUCGCCAAGAACCAACUGGUCGACUUUGAGCAAGAGUUGGCCGAGCUAGAGGCAGAUCACGAUACUCAGAUCCAGCUCCUUCAAGCGGAAAUCCACUUGAAGGACCAGUUGCUUCGAGAGUGGGAAGACGCGCCGGUGGUGGUCGCCCCCAAGUGGCUCGAUGCUGCAUCUUGGGGGAUGCUGGCCCUCACAGGCCUCUUCGCGUUCUCCCAAACGUGGCAAUGUCUGUGGACGUCUGUCGUGACACAGGACGACGCCACCAUGCAACACCUCGUUGCAUCCGCAGUAGCCACCGCCAUCGCCAAAGUCCCUGAUCAAACAUGACAGCCGAAUCUGCAUAACUUCAAUAUUAGUAUUAUUGCAUUGAAA